GAUUUGCUAGUGAUUAGAAUGGGAUUUUUCAGCAGUGAGGUUUAUUCCGACCUUGUAUAAGACAUUUUAGCUGUUAAAACGUUGCUGUAAGGAGCCACGGUAUUUCUUGCAAGAAUGAAGUUUCUUUUCGGGUACUUAACCUUCUUGGGACUUACUUUGGCUAUCGGAAGUUCUGCCGCUAAAGAUUUCCAGACCUGCUACAGCCCAAGUUUUGACGAAGGCAUAGAGGAAGUCAUGUACGUUUACUUUCUGAUGCGCACUUUUUCGUUCUUUCAUGCAGUUUAGAUGAAAAGAAGCUUUCUUUCUUUCGGUUGAAAUCAAACUGUUUAACUGAAGCAGUUUAAACGUGCACCUGAUUUUGUCCCCUCGAUGGUCAUCAUCUUGACUGUGUUUGGACUUUUUAAACCUUGAUUACUCAUCAAAAAGGAUACCUUGAAAUCGAAAGUAAGAGACAAAUGCGUAAGGAUGUGGUUGAAAAUGGAUAUACGAGACACUUUAAUUUAAGUGCUGAUUCUAGAGGGGGAAACGCCUUUUAAUAUCGCUUUUUGAUAACUCAACGGAAAACUGAAUAAAUUUCAACUCAUGAAAUUUUCGCGAAUCGCUCAUUAAGCCGGUAACACACUUGGGAAUUUUAUGCGUCGAUCGCCGAAAUCGCCAGGUGUACUCAGUGCAACGAUUGCGAUAUUCGCCAAUCGCCGCGAUCGGCGUAUAAAAUCUCCAAUAUCUGGCAUACAAGAUAUCGGCGAUUUCGUUGACGAUCACAUGCGCCGCGAUCGGUGAGAAAAAGUCGUCAAGUGCAUCAAAGUACGUUACGCGAUUUUGAGGGUGUGCACUUCUGGCCACUCAGAUUUUUAAAAAAUUGGUUACACGCUUCAUACCACCCUUUAGGCAGUUUGCUCGUUCAUACUUUGCGUUCCAUUUUUCCUUCGUGAUAGUUUCCCUUCUCUGAAUGGUCGUUGCGUGUACUCUAGUCUCGGUCCUACAAACGUCAAUCAAAAUGGGUUCUGUUUUUUAUUUUACUAGCAAGACUCCCCGGCCACAUGAGUACCUUACUGCCGAUUCAAUUCCAAAACAGUGGGAUUUGAGAGACAUUCCCGGGAAAGGUAACCUGGCCAGUGUGACACGGAAUCAACACAUUCCCCAAUAUUGUGGCUCCUGUUGGGCUUUUGGAUCAACCAGUUCAAUAUCAGACAGAAUCAACAUCCUACGCAAGGGAAAGUGGCCAAGUAACCUCCUGUCAGUCCAGAAUGUCAUAGAUUGCGGUAAGCAAGUUGUGGUCAAUAUGUGGGCCUAAUCUCAUACCCAGAUCCUACCGUUGAACUGUAAUUAAAAUGUUGGAUCCUCACAACCGCUUGGCCGUGGAAGGUCUGAGUACGCGACUAAUUUGGGUCCAAAAGAAAUUUGUAUGAUAACCACAUAGCCGUUUAUUUUCUGGUCAUAUUUUAUUUUGUUUGUUCAUUUGAUUUUCACUUUUCGUAUCUUUUUGUGCAAGUACAUCAUUAUUAUAUUAUUUUUUUUAUUAUUUUUUUUAUAGAACUAUGCUGCUUAGACUCAAAUGCAUGCUUGAAAAUUUAGCCAAUCAGAAUUAAGAAAGUGACACCCCUCGAUAGUUAACGACCAUUCACUGGAGUGGAGGUAGCUCGUGGUGGAUGUUUAUCGAGGCGCGAAUCUGCGAGGUAAAUAUAUCCACCACCUGCCACCGAUACUGAGGUGAAUAGUUGUUCUAGUAUAUACUAAAACAGUGGCAUAAUAUAGCUAAAAGAUUAUUUUAACUCAUUUAUUCCUGCAACGACUACAACGUUUUCGGGCGCAAAUCCUAGGUGAGUCGCUCAGAGGUGAAUAGCGAAGGAUAUUCAAAGUAUGGGUGGCCAACCAGAGCGCGCCUCAAACGCUAUCUCGUACCCAGAUCUACUCCACUGUUUAAGUGCAUACUAUGUGGCAUUAAUAUACACCACUCAAGUGAAUAGUACUUUUCGUGCGCGCUGAUUGGCUCGUUCGGAAGUGAAUGGAAAGUAUCACUCACCUCCUCUUCCACUCCACUUGUUAGAAUAAUUUUCUGGUUAGUGUCGCAAAACCAAAUCCGAAGUAAUCACAACAGCAAAUCAAAAGGAAUAUAUCACUUACAGUCAAUGAGAACUAAAAAACAAAACAAACAAACAAACAAACAAGCAAGCAAACUGAUUUAAGUGUGCGAAAACACGAGUGAGAGGCCGUGGUUGGUUUGCUCGGAAUCUGAUUGGUUCACAAAAAGGCAUUAGUUUUCUGCAUCAAUUUCAUGGCAAAUUAAUGAAAUUUUCAAUUGAGCUUAAAAAGUAAUUUGGCAUUCCUUUGGUUUUGCUGUACCUCGCUCUGCGAUUAGUCCAUAAAAUUCGCACUAUCCUUUCAAUCAAUGAGAUGCAAACUAGCUAAAACAAAACACAACUUGGUCGCCCGCGUUUUCCCGCGCUUUAAGCAGUUUGCUUGUUUUCUUUUGAGUUCUGAUUGGCUCUUAAAGGUGUUUUCCUUUCUUCUGAUUGGUCCAUGUUAACAAUUUGGCUUUGGCUUUGGCUCUAUGGCACCCAUAAUAGAAAAGUGCUCGAAACCAAAACCGAAACAAUUUCGGAUUAUUUCCACCACUUAUUUGACGAUUGCUUUAUUAACAAUGAAUUAAAAAAUAAUGAUACAACAGGGAAAGCUGGCAGCUGCAGAGGUGGCGGUUCACUGAGUGUGUAUCGUUACGCUCAUGAACAUGGUAUACCAGAUGAAACGUGUAACAAUUAUCAAGCCAAAGACCAGAUAUGCACGCCAUUCAAUCAGUGUGGAACCUGUACCCCUCAAAAAUGCUAUGCUAUAAAAAACUACACCUUAUGGAGAGUCAGUGAAUACGGUAAGUGGAUGAUUUGAAGGUGAUGACCGAUAAUUAAGCAAAUGACCUCACUUUCUAUCGGUGUACCGGUGUAAUAACCCUACGUGGGAUGUCGGGAGAACACGAAAAACGUUUGUAAAUCACGCGGCUCUGGCAAACGUUUCAAAUUAAGAUAGAAAGUGCAAACUAUUGCUUUUAUGAAAUAAACUUAAAAUGUUUCAAUUUCUGUGGGUUAACCAGUUCAAUAAACGAUAGAUUUUGACCAAUCAGGGAGGCGCCUGUAAUAUCUCAGUUUUUUUUUAUAAAGUAAUGAACAUAUUUGAUAACUUUUAACGUGAUAAUAACAAAUCCUCUCCGUACAAAUUCUCCCAAUGCUGUUGUAGGCGUUUUAAGAGGACGUGAGGAGAUGAAGGCUGAAAUUUACGCUCGGGGCCCUAUUUCCUGUGCUAUCAUGGCGACUAAAACCUUUGAAAAUAAGUAUCAAGGAGGGAUCUACAAAGAAUACAAUAAAUUCCUAAAGUUAAACCACUGUGUGUCAGUCGCUGGCUGGGGUGUUGAAAAUGGUACAGAAUACUGGAUUGUGCGCAAUUCCUGGGGCGUACCCUGGGGAGAGAGAGGCUGGUUUAGAAUCGUAACAUCCAGUUACCAAGGUGGAUGCCGGGGAGACUACAACCUGGGCAUCGAAACAGAAUGUGCAUUCGCCGUUCCGAUUGUAGAAGAGUACGACAUAUAAGAAGAUAUCACAGUUCUCUUGUAGAUUUUGCAUUAGGCUGGAUUAGUUUCAAGCAAUCUUUUUUUUCAUUAAAUAUAUUCCAGUCAUACAUCUGCUUGUUCGGUUGCAAAUAAAUUCAUCUUUGUCAUAUGAGGAACUCUUCAGUUUCCAGAUUCAGGUUUAUCGGUGCGCCAAAGUGUAUGGCAGUGAAGCUGCGAGCGGCUUGAGAAGGAGGACCAUUUUCAAUUAGGUGUUUCGCCAAUCACCGCUUAGCCAAUAUGAAACCGCAAAGCGGUAUCGCAUUAAUCUCGUAUCCAGAUCCUACCGUUUAACUUAAACUAAAUUCUUGCGACCACUUCACCGUGGAAGGUCUAAGUACGAGACUAGGUUUGUAUUUAAGUAACCAGAAGAAACAGUAAUGAAAGUAUCAGACUCUGAAAAAGAUUUACAUCAUGUGUGUUUGGAUUUGCGCACUAUUGGGAACUUGAAUUUUUAGGUUUGUUUGUUAUUGACUCUAGGUGAUUCCUCGAUAAUGCUAUGCGCAUCCUGUAUUGCGCAUACAAAUCACGUAAUCAAACUAAUAAGGGUGCACGCAUUCCAAAAUUAACGAAUUGUUUUUCAAUCAAUGGGCGAGGUAUACCGGUACGAUGGUCUUUUCCUCUUGAACGAGCACAGUGAGUGUUUCGUUUAUCAAAUAGGCGUUGCCUCUUGUUGAUAGAUUUACUUAAUGACAAGAUUCGCGAUUGACAUAAAUUCUAUAGAUUGAUUUAAAAGCGUUAGAUUAUUAUGUUUUAAGUCAGUUUUUCACCGGAAUCGAAGUGAGAGAGAAG